AUCAACUUUUUCCAAAUGUUGUUCCUAGCUAUAUUCUGCUCAAACUUUAUUCUUCAAUUUUCUGCGGAAAUAUUGGGUGACUUUAGUUGCACCAUACCAGCGUUUAAUGGGAGCGUCUACUCACAAACUGCAGUGAAUUGCAACAAUUCCUACUCGGAUAUCGCAUGCCAACAACUAUACCCUCCAGCCUACGCAUACUCAAUUUCGAGUAAAUACCCAAAAGCCGGCGGAACAGGAGGACGCCCCUUAGGAUGUUACAGUAGUUCUGGAAGGCCAACUGGACCAAUUGAUGAGAUUAUGAAACUUAAAGCUAGCAUAAGCUGCCCAAAGACUUGUGGAUAUUGCUGCCUGGUUUCGCCAAAACUUUUUGAAAAUAAAUUUCGAAUGCGAUAA